AUGACAGAAAAUAAUAAUAAUAAUAAUAAUAAUAAUAAUAAUAAUAAUAAUAAUAAUAAUAAUAAUAAUAAUAAUAAUAAUAAUAAUAAUAAUAAUAAUAAUAAUAACAAUAAUAUUAAUAAUAAUAAUAAUAGUAAUAACCAAAUUCAACAACCUCAGUUACAAGUAAAUGAAGGUAUAAAUCCAAAGCCAUUAGUAAUUGGUUUAAAUAAAUCAUUUCAAGUGAAUGGUGAAAAUAAUACAACUUCAAUUAACAAUAACAACAACAACAACAACAACAACAACAAUAAUAAUAGUAGUAGUAACAUCCCCGCCCCAUCUAAUACUUUUACAUUUAAAGCUGGUAUACCUUCAUCUGGAAGACAACGUACCCUAUCACCUUUAGGUUCAAAGAAUGUAACAUUUUCAACAAAUGUCGAAAACCAAUCAACAACCACGAAAAUAGACGAAACAAUUAACAAUAACAACAACAUCUACAGCAACAGUAACAAUAACAACAACAGCAACAACUCUACUAAUAGUAAUAAUAGUAAUAAUAAUGAUGAUAAUAACGGGAGAACCGAAAAUAUAGAGAAUAAUACAAUACAAGAUAGUAAUAGUAAUAGUAAUAGUAAUGAUAAUGAAAAUAAUAGGAGCAAUAGCUUUAACACAACUGUAAAUGGAAACAAUGUAAAUAGUAAUCAUAUCAAUAAUAACAACAACCACAAUAAUAAUAAUAAUAAUAAUAAUAAUAAUAAUAAUAAUAAUAAUAUAGUGUACAAUAUUCAAAAACAAAGUUUUAAUAAAUUAAAUGGAAGUGGAUCUUCAGAAAUCUUUCAAUUCGAUGAGGAAUGUGAAGAAGAACUUGAAGAACAACAAAAACAAAAUGAAAAUAAAACAGGUUCAUCAGCUGAAGAACAACAACAGCAACAACAAAAACAAAAACAACAACAACAACAACAAGAGGAUGUAGACGAUGAAGAUGAUCAAAUUAUAACAGUUGAAGGAGGUAAUAGAUCAAGAAGUAAUGGGUUAAUGCAAGAGUUGAAAUUGGGUACUUCAUUACCAGUUGGUAUACCAUCUCGUUUAUCUCAAAGUUUACAAACUCCAAGUCAAAUACAACAACAAAAGAAACAAGAGCAACAAUUGGCAAGUAGUAUAUUCACUUCAAAUAUAAAUCCAUCAACUCAAACCAAUAAUAACAACAAUAACAACAAUAGCAACUACAGCAACAGAAAUAUUUCUUCAACAACUUAUAAUGAAAGAAAGAAAUAUGUCACUCCAAGAGAUUCAUGGGUUGACAUUUUAAAAGAAAAAGAAGAAAUGGAAUCUUCAUUUGAAAUAUCACAAUCUUUAAAAAGAAAACAAAGUUAUAAAUCAUAUAUUUAG